AUAAAACAGCACUUUUAAAAAACUUAUUGAAUUGAAUUUCAAAAGAAAAACCUAAAGACUAUAUGUCCAGUGGCAAAUAACUGAUUAUGAUUACUAAUAUAUAAAUUAUAUGCCUCACGGUCAGCGUGCCCGGGCUUGAAAUCGCAUCACAGGGAUAGGGGGAGUGCGAUGUGUGCGUGAGCGUGCCCGGGCUUGAAAUCGCAUCACAGGCUCGGACUGCGAACUGCGAGCGAGUUUUAAGUUUUAGGUUAGUCAAACAGCAGCUGAACCGGUUGAGAGUACGGUGUGUCUGAAGUGGCAUCGACUGGCUACCGAAUCACCUGACGACCCUUCUGUCAAAGACAUCGGGAGGCUCCGGCGAGGGAACAAACGUCCGAGUAGUUAAAUGACAAGAAAUCAUGGCAACGCCCACCCGUGAUAGGAAAGCGAGGGUGAUCGUUCUCGGAGGAUGCGGUUUCAUCGGCCGUAAUCUCGUGGCGUACUUGCUGGAUAACGAUCUGGUGUCCUACGUACGAGUCGUGGACAAGGUGCCACCGCAGACCGCGUGGCUCAACGCAAAACAUCAGCGAGUGUUUGAGCACUCGUUGCUCGAGUUCAAAAGCGCUAAUUUAAUUAACAUAGUGUCCUGCCAAAACGCUUUUUCUUCUGAUGAGCCUAUCGAUUAUGUGUUUAACUGCGCUGGGGAAACGAAGAGUGGUCUGACAGAUCCAGUAUACAAAGAGGGUAUUUACAAAUUAAGCCUAAACUGUGCUCAGCAGGCAGCCAAAAUUCGAGCCUUGCAUUAUGUCGAGAUAUCAUCUGGCAAUUUAAACACCUCAGAAAAGACUCCUCACAAGGAAGAUGACGUUGGAGAACCAUGGACAUUUGUUGCAAAAUACAAGUUACAAGUGGAACACGAACUGAAGAAUAUACCAGAUCUAAAGUAUACCAUACUCAGACCAGCCAUUGUGUAUGGUUGCGGUGACAGAAAUGGCCUAGCACCACGAUUGGUAGUUGGCGCGGUUUAUAAACACUUAGGAGAAAUGAUGAAAUUGCUCUGGGGACCAGACCUUCAUAUGAAUACAGUUCACGUGAUGGAUGUUGCCAGAGCUAUCUGGCAUGUAGCUAACCGGCCGGAAACAAUAGGUCAGACGUAUAAUCUCGUAGAUGAGGGGGACUCUACUCAAGGUUCCAUCAGUGCGAUAGUCUCAGACGUGUUUAAUAUUAAUCAUGACUACUGGGGCACUGCGUUGUCUACAUUAGCUAAAACUGAUAUGAGCUCUGUUGUUGAGGAGGUAAACGACAAACAUAUGACUCCUUGGGCAGAAGCUUGUCGUAAGGAUGGAGUGGAGAACAGUCCUCUAUCCCCUUAUAUAGAUCAAGAACUUCUGUAUAAUAAGCACUUGUAUUUACAGCCUGGAAAGCUGUCAAACACCACAGGAUUUACAUACUUGUAUCCUAAACUAACGAAAGAUGCUCUUACAGAGGUAAAUUGUUUUCAUAAACCAAUUUCAAAAAGACAAUACACAUACGUACAAAUAUGUAAAGAUAGCUGUUUGCAAAUUUACAGGUACUUAAUGAUUAUGUAAGCAUGAGGAUCUUUCCGCAUUCUUUGAUCCUGUGAACUUAGCAAUACAUUCUGCCUAAUUCGAGUAUCGAUCAAUUCUCUCUUAUGAAGAUGUUAAAAAUACCAUAUACAUACGACGCCGUGCGUCGUUUUCACCUUGUGCCUAGGGUUCAAUACAAGUUACAUAUAUUCUAUUAUACAUGUUAUACAUCUUUACUUGAUAUUUUACACACCAGCAGAGUAAUGCUAAAUGAGUUUUAUGGAGAAGUGCAUAUGAAAUUCAGAUAUUUUGUAGACGGCCUAUUGCCAAUGUGAUAAUGUAGCAAUUAACGUACUUAAUUUUAUCAUACUUCUGGAAGUGCAGAACUUUUUCGCACCUUAAAGAUAGCUAGUCAAACAGUGACAUUCAAGAAUGAUUCGAGACAAUGCACGAAUAUGUAUGUAUAUAAUUAUAUCUAAACUUAAGACAUUCAUAGUCUAUAAAUCGAUUUCGAUUAAUAUUUUAGAGAGUUAUUUGGUAAAAAAGAAAACGCUUUUUAUAUAGCAUUUUUUCAAGACUGUGAAUUGCGUAUAAAGUUGUUGAAAAUCUAUGUACUUAUAUUGCUAGAUGCAUAAUAAGAGUUCUUUUUAUAUCUGCUAUACAUUCCAAGAUGUAUAUCUUCCACAAGCUGUGAAUCGAGUUUUGAGAAGUCUUUCUAUUGAACAACUGUUAAGCGCAUAAUUUUAUUAUCGACACAACUCUCAAAUAUGUACGACCUAAAAGAAUUGUACUAAAUUAAGUACAAACACUGUUAGAGAGGUGCGUUUAGAAGAUAUUCCUACAAAAGAUAUUCCUUAUCGACAUGAAUGACUGUUCAUAUUGGUAGAUUUAUAUGAACUGUGCACAUUUGCACAUAUAUACUUAAUAUAAAAAAGAAUUAUUAUAUUCUAUUCUAUUGAAUGCCUCAUAAAGAUAUUAGUAAGUGUAUUCUACAUAUUCUGUUGUUAUGUCAGCGUUGCUACAAAUUUUUUGAUAAUAAAGUUGCUCCAUUUAUGAAA